AUGUGGAAUUGCUGUCCAUAUUUACACCGGACCACUGGUGACACAGAGCGCAAGUACCAUCUACGCUAUUACAAGACAGGCACUUGUAUCCAUGAGACAGACGCUCGGGGGCACUGUGUGAAGAAUGGCCUGCACUGUGCUUUUGCUCACGGGCCACAUGAUCUCCGACCUCCAGUCUAUGAUAUCAGGGAGAUCCAAGCACAAGAGGCCCUUCAAAAUGGACAGUUGGGAUCCGGGGAAGGAAUUCCUGAUUUGCAGCCUGGUGUAUUAGCCAGCCAAGCUAUGAUUGAGAAAACUCUGACCGAAGACCCUCGGUGGCAAGAUACCAACUUUGUUUUAGCCAAUUACAAAACAGAUCAGUGCACUAAGCCCCCAAGACUAUGCAGACAGGGCUAUGCUUGCCCCCACUACCACAACAGUAGAGAUCGAAGACGAAAUCCACGAAAGUUCAAAUAUAGGUCAACCCCUUGCCCAAACGUGAAACAUGGUGAUGAAUGGGGAGAGCCCUCAAAGUGUGAAAGUGGAGACAGUUGUCAGUAUUGUCACUCUCGCACAGAACAGCAGUUUCACCCUGAGAUCUACAAAUCUACCAAAUGCAAUGAUAUGCGACAAACUGGAUACUGUCCCAGAGGACCUUUUUGUGCAUUUGCACAUGUAGAAAGAAUUCCCUCCACAGAGGAGACCAUGAGUUCUUUGCUAACAGCGAUACAGUCGAGUUCACAGUCCCAGCUGGGCUCGCAGCAGUAUUCAGAGUGUCCAAUCAGUGAGUGGAACAGUGGAGGAAACUCCACCACCAGCGCAACCAGUAGCAACGGACAACUAGGAAGUGUUUCAUGUUCUAAUAGCUCAACUGUAAAGCCAAGCUCAGGAAGCGACAGUUUGAUAUCCCCAGUGGGAUCCAUCAGCAGGCCCAAAUCCUUAACUAAUAGUAGUUUAUGUUCAGAGUCCACCACUUCCAGUGUCUCAUCUCUGACGUCUAACUAUCCCAAAGCUCCGGGCUUUGAACGUGAGGAUCAGAUUAAGAAUAAGGGGCAGGUGGAGCAAAAAUUGAUGGACCAAGAAAAACAGAUGCAAAACACUGUGUUCUCUGCGGUAAACCCUUUGGCAUCAAGCUUUACCUCCAGUAUAACAUCCAGCUUGGCCUCUAGUAUUGGAUCAGAUAGUUCUUCACCUACCACCUUAUCAACAAUGAAUGCAAAAGCUACUCCUUUCUACCCAGGGAGCAACACGGUGGAGUCUGUCAUAGGAUCUGCUCUGGACCUCAAUUUUAGUGACAUUAAUGUUGCAUCUCUUGAUAAGGAGUUAGAGGAGCAAGACAACAGUAUUGGGUUGGCAAGUCAAAGAGUGCUCGUUGGUUCAGCUCCCGUUAACAUUCCUGGCUCCCUGGCACGAUCAUCCUCUUUCAAUUCCUCAUCAUCGCUCUCCACCUCCCCGUUAAGCUCCCUCUCCCAGUCCCUAUCUCAGUCCCUCCUGUCAGCCGCAGUGUCACAGCAGAAUCAAACUUCAAACAUGUUAACCAAACAAGAGCUUGGCCUCCUGGGAACACCCACCUCCUCUUCCCAGAACUCUUUGGGCUUGAAUGGAGGAGCCAGCAACAUUUGGGACUUUGUCAGUGGCAGCUUUUCACCGAGUCCGUCUCCAGUUUUCAGCAGCCUCACCUCCAUAACCAGCAGUGCUGAUCUGGCCCGCCUUUUCAGAGAGCUAGACGAGGCCAAGAGGAAGAUCAAACAAUGGGAGGAGGCCUGGCUUCAGGUCAAACAAGCCUGUGAGGCGUGUCAGAAAGAAGCUCGCGAAGCAAAGGAACAAGCAAAAACAGCAGAGGCAGAGCGGCAGAUGGCAGAACAGAAAUGGGAGGAAACCGAGCGCAAGCUGAAAGAACUCCACGGGGACUUUGAUGUGCUUUGUCGCACCCCUGGAACACCUCUUCUGCGUAGCUAUGGAGAGCUGGACAAGCUCCCCUUGUCAAAGCUUCACUCCAUCCAGAGUCAGCUGCGUAAUGACCUAGACCUUAUAGACGGGGUAAUAUAUCAGCUUCAGUCAAAGAAAUGUAUAGUUUGCCAAAAGCAUGAUCGUUGCGUUGUCCUGCAGCCUUGCCAACAUUAUGUACUAUGUGAGAACUGUGCACCUAGUAAAACAGAAUGUCCCUACUGUAGAACAAAGAUAUUGAAGUGGUGAUGUGUAAUAACUCAAGGUACUAUUUAAAGAAUUAGCCCUUUGAAAAACUACUAGAUAUAAAAAGUACACUUUCUAAAUAGUUAUGUCUGUUUCAUACAGUGAUUAAAUUCAUUUAGAGCAAAAUUAUGUUUGACUGACAAUACAAAUGGCAUUACAAGUCAGAUUAUGUACAGGGAAUUCAAUCAUUGUAGCUUUUGCUCAUUUUACGUGACAACCAGACAGCAUGCACUCAAUUUAGAAAAUGCAAUUAUCUUGAAGUGCCCUUUCUCAAAUCUUCAAUCAUGGUUCAGACUUUUGAAAGGACAUAAAUCUCAAAUUAUAUUUCAUUUGCUUCACACUGUGAAAAUGCAUUUUGGAUGAACACAGUGCAGUUGCAGACUUCCAUAUAAAAUUACAAACCAAUCAAGUCAGGACCAAUAAAUGUAAAAGUUGAAUAUACAAAGACAAUAAUGAGUGACCACAUGUCUCAUUGUUAAUCGAUUAUUAUGCACUUAAGAACUUUUACAGAAAAUCCUGUGGAAAUGUAUAUGAAGCCAAUUAAAGGUUUUAGUAA